UUUCUUGCUCUACGGACAUACACACACAAACGAAUAAAAAGCUUUUCUCUUCAAUCUUCAUCUACUAUUUUAUUUUAUAAUAUGUAGAUAGAAGUACUGUUAUUUCUGGAGAGUCGUCAAACUAAAAAAAUCAUGGAAACCUGGUUUGUCAUCGUCGUCACUCUGUGCAUCUCUUUCUUCCUCAAAUCCCUCUUUAAUCUUAUCUCCCCCAAUUCCAAAUCCAAUCAGAAAAACAAGAAACUCCCGCCGGGACCCUACACUUUUCCGGUGAUCGGAAGCUUAUUAUGGGCGAGAAGAUCCUUCGCUGACUUGGAACCAAUCCUUCGUAACCUCAAGGCUAAGUAUGGUCCUCUCAUCAGCCUCAAUAUUGGGUCUCGUACCGCCAUAUUCGUAUCCAGUCACUCCUUAGCUUACCAAGCUUUAGUCCAACAAGGAGCUGUUUUCUCCGACAGACCAAGAGCUGUCCCCACCAGCGCAGUCGUCAACAGUAAUCAGCGUAACAUCAGCUCCGCCCCUUACGGCCCUGUUUGGCGUCUUCUCCGGCGAAAUCUGACGUCUGAAAUUCUCCACCCUUCGCGCGUCAAGUCCUACUCCAAGGCCCGGUCUUGGGUUCUGGGUAUCCUCCUUCAACAGCUCCUUCACGCCCGAGCCGAUUAUUCUAUCAGGUUAAUUGAUCAUUUUCAGUAUGCUAUGUUCUGUCUUCUUGUGUUGAUGUGUUUCGGGGAUAAGCUCGAAGAGGCGCAAAUCAAACAAAUUGAAGGUGUGCAGCGCAGGUUGCUCCUUGGUUUCCGACGAUUCAAUAUACUCAAUUUCUUUCCUAGAAUUGGAAAAAUAAUCUUUAGGAAUCGCUGGAAGGAACUGAUUGAACUACGUCAAGAGCAAGAGAAAAUCUUCAUUCCUUUGAUUGAAGCUCGAAGUAGUAAGGCCAAAGAACAAAAGCCUGAGGAAGAAGUGGUGGCUUAUGUGGAUACGCUGUUGAAUUUGGAAUUGCCAGAGGAAAACAGGAACCUCAAUUAUGGAGAAAUGGUUAGCCUCUGCAGUGAAUUCCUAAGCGCCGGAACUGAUACGACAUCCACCGCCUUACAAUGGGUUAUGGCCAACUUGGUGAAAAACCCUUCCAUUCAGGAAAAACUAUAUCAAGAAAUUGCCAGUGUAGUGGGAGAGAAACAGAGCAAGUUGACAGAAGAGGUGGUGAAGGAGGAAGAUUUGCACAAAAUGCCAUACCUGAAAGCAGUGAUCUUAGAAGGUCUUAGGCGACACCCACCUGGUCACUUUGUGCUGCCACAUACGGUGACUAAGGAAGUAGAACUAAAUGGCUACGUCGUCCCAAAGAAUGCCACCAUCAAUUUCAUGGUUGCGGACAUGGGUUUGGACCCAAAGGUGUGGGAGGAUCCCUUGGAAUUUAAGCCAGAGAGGUUCUUAAUGGAGGAAUCAGAUAAGGAAGGGUUUGAUAUAACAGGAAGUAGAGAGAUCAAGAUGAUGCCAUUUGGCGCUGGUAGGAGAGUAUGCCCAGGCUAUGCUUUGGCUAUGCUACAUUUAGAGUACUUUGUGGCUAAUUUGGUUUGGCAUUUUCGAUGGGAGGCUGUGGAGGGAGAUGAUGUUGAUCUUUCAGAAAAGCUAGAAUUCACCGUUGUGAUGAAGAAUCCACUUCGAGCUCGUAUCUGCCCCAGAGUUAACUCUGUUUGAAUUUGGUCCAGGUAUCUCUGGCCACGGUAGCGGCUGUUGAUUAUUCUUCUGUUGUUGAUCACUGGAGACAGUAAGGCAGCAGCCUGGCGACUGCAGCCCUGCUUUCUUGUUCUCUAUCUUCCCCGUAGUUGUAUUUUGGAUUUUUCCCGGACUAUGUUGGUCUUAUUGUUAUCAUAACAGUUGUAAUAGUGGCUCAUGACUCAGUGACACCCUGAUGUUUGGGGCUUUACUUUCCGCACUUCUAUUUUAAGUUCAACUCUUGUUCUCUUUUAUGAAAUUCUGCUAAACAUGAUGUCUUUAGGCAUA